CGGGGCGAGGGCCGGUAACUUAAUAUGACGCGUUAAGCAAUGACAUUACAGCCAAAUGUGGUAACUAGUGAGAAGUAAUCGAUUAUCAUUUGGAAAACGGAGUCGAGCGGCAGUGGGGUUCACCUGUGGAGGGUCUGUGAUUGGAGAGAGUUUGCGCUUCACUCCGCCCCCCCCGGAGCGCUGCCCGCCUUCCCAAAACCAGAGCGCACUCAGCUGCUCAUUACCUCCCUGUAGCCGCCGCAGAACAUGAGCUCCCAUCAUUACGAGCGGACGCAUAAUGAUACAGACGGUUUCACUACGUUCCCCCGCUUGGUGCUGACCGAAACUGCCACUGUUUAGGCACAAUCUCCCUUCUAUCACCGGUUCUGUGUUUUUUUUUUUUUUUUAUUUUGUAUUUUUUAUUUAUUUAUUUAUUUUUGGAUGCGCCAUGCGAUCUCGCUCGUGGAGUUGUGGCAUUCGGCCGGUGGCUUGGACAUGGCUUUGGAGUCUUGCAGCGCUCGGAGCCUGGUGCAUCCCCGCAAACGAAGUCAACCUGCUGGAUUCUCGCUCUGUGAUGGGAGACCUGGGAUGGGUGGCUUACCCAAAGAAUGGGUGGGAGGAGAUCGGGGAAGUGGACGAGGACUACGCCCCCAUCCACACCUACCAAGUGUGCCGCGUGAUGGAGCAGAACCAGAACAACUGGCUCCACACCAACUGGAUCCUGACUGAAGGCGCCCAGCGCGUCUUCAUCGAGCUCAAGUUCACCCUGAGAGACUGCAACAGCCUGCCAGGGGGGGUCGGGACCUGCAAAGAGACGUUUAACAUGUAUUACUAUGAAACGGACGGGGACGAGGAGGAAAUGGAGGAGGGGGAGAUGAGGGAUGGCGCGGGCAUGACAGAGGAGGAAGACCGGGUGAUGAAGGAGAGCAGGUACAUAAAGAUCGACACCAUAGCAGCCGACGAGAGCUUCACCGAGCUGGACCUGGGGGACCGCGUGAUGAAGCUCAACACCGAAGUCCGCGAUUUAGGUCCUUUGACCCGGAAGGGCUUCUACUUGGCGUUUCAGGAUCUAGGGGCCUGCAUUGCUCUAGUCUCGGUGCGGGUUUUCUACAAACGCUGCCCCUUCUUGGUGAAGAGCUUGGCCGAGUUCCCCGACACCAUCCCGGGCUCGGAGGCCUCGCAGCUUGUGGAGGUGGUGGGCCGCUGUGUCAACAACUCUCUGCCGUUAUACGAGCCUCCACGGAUGCAUUGCAGCACAGAGGGAGAAUGGCUGGUGCCCAUCGGGAAGUGCGUGUGCCAGGCAGGGUUUGAGGAAAUCAACGGAUCUUGUCAAGUCUGCAAAGUGGGGUUUUACCGCUCACUGCUGGAGUCUUUGGCCUGCGGUAAAUGUCCACCUCACAGCGUGGCCAGGCAGACGGGAGCCACCGCUUGCAGCUGCGAAGAUGGGUUCUAUAAGAUUGAAUCUGACCCCCCGAAUAUGGCCUGCACACGCCCCCCCUCCGCUCCGCGCAACGCCAUUUCCAACGUGAACGAGACCAGCGUCUUCUUGGAGUGGUCCAUUCCCAUGGAGACGGGAGGCAGGAAGGACGUUCGCUACAACAUCCUGUGCAGACGAGUCCUGCCGGACGGAAGGGGCAUGGAGGAGUGCGGCCCCAACGUGCGCUUUCUCCCGCGCCGCGUCGGACUGUCAAACACGUCGGUGAUGGUGGCCGACCUGCAGUCGCACACCAACUACAGCUUCCUCCUGGAGGCCGUCAACGGCGUGUCAGAGCUGGCCAAAGACCACGCCAAGCAGUACGUGUCACUUAACGUGACAACCAAUCAGGCAGCACCCUCUCCAGUGAGUGUGGUGAGGAAAGGCGUAACAGGGAAGAGCAGCAUCGCACUUUCCUGGGCAGAGCCUGAUCGCCCCAACGGCAUCAUCCUAGAGUACGAGAUCAAGUAUUUUGAAAAGGAGCAGGACUCCAGUUACACCAUAAUAAAAUCCAAGGACACUGAGAUGGAAGUGGAAGGUCUGAAGCCCUCUUCGGUCUACAUCUUCCAGGUACGAGCCAGGACCUCAGCAGGCUACGGUGCCUUUAGCCGACGUUUUGAAUUCCAGACCAGCCCUUACUUAACUGCUACUAGCGAGCGUGCCCAGGCUUCCAUUGUAGCCGUGGCCAUCACGCUGGCACUGGUCCUGUUGGCAGUGGUCGCUGGAUUCCUGCUCAGCGGACGGCGGUGUGGCUACAGCAAAGCAAAGCAGGAUCCCGAAGAGGAAAAGAUGCAUUUCCACAACGGUCACAUAAAGUUCCCGGGGGUGCGCACCUACAUUGACCCGCUCACCUAUGAAGAUCCCAACCAGGCAGUGCACGAAUUUGCCCAGGAGAUUGAUGUCUCCUUUAUUUCCAUCGAAAGGAUCAUCGGUGCUGGGGAGUUUGGUGAGGUGUGCAGCGGACCUCUGAGGCUGCCCGGGAAAAGAGAGAUCCAGGUUGCCAUCAAGACACUGAAAGCAGGCUACACGGAGCAGCAGAGACGGGACUUCCUGUGGGAGGCGUCAAUCAUGGGCCAGUUUAACCAUCCGAACAUCAUCCGUCUGGAGGGAGUGGUCACCAAGAGCAAGCCAGUGAUGAUCAUCACAGAAUACAUGGAGAAUGGAUCUUUGGACACAUUCCUCAAGAAAAAUGACGCGCAGUUCACUGUAAUCCAGCUGGUCGGUAUGCUGCGUGGCAUCGCGUCCGGCAUGAGAUACCUGUCCGACAUGGGCUACGUCCACCGCGAUCUGGCGGCCCGCAACAUCCUGGUGAACAGCAACCUCGUGUGCAAAGUGUCUGAUUUUGGCCUGUCCCGAGUGCUGGAAGACGACCCGGAGGCUGCGUACACCACAAGGGGUGGGAAAAUUCCUAUUCGCUGGACGGCUCCGGAGGCGAUCGCGUACAGGAAGUUCACCUCAGCCAGCGACGUGUGGAGUUACGGGAUCGUCAUGUGGGAAGUGAUGUCCUACGGAGAGAGGCCCUACUGGGAGAUGUCCAAUCAGGACGUAAUCAAAGCAGUAGAGGAGAGCUAUAGGUUGCCGGGUCCUAUGGACUGCCCCGAGGCCCUGUACCACCUCAUGAUGGACUGUUGGCAGCGAGAACGCAGCAAUCGCCCCAAGUUUGAUGAGAUCGUUUGUCUACUAGACAAACUCAUUCGUAACCCCAGCUCAUUAAAAAAACUGGUCAACUCCUCGCACAGGGUUUCCAACCUGCUAGUGGAGCACGCCAGCGUAGAGGGGUCCUGCAGCGCUCGAAGCCAGACGGUAGGAGAGUGGCUCGACUCCAUCAAGAUGGGACGUUACACUGAACUCUUCAUGGAAGGAGGUUACUCUUCACUGGAAACGGUGGCUCAGAUGACCUCAGAGGAUUUGCGGAGAGUAGGAGUGAACUUGGCUGGACAUCAGAAAAAAAUUAUCACUAGUAUUCAGGAGAUGAGAGUCCAUAUGAACAACACCAACUCCACAGUAAACAUCUGACGCACAUGUACACACACACACACACACACACACACAGUAUACACGCACGCAUACACACACAUGAACACAAUAUAUGGACCUAGUAAGUAAUCAAAAGACUCUGUUGGACCUAGAGCGGCUUAGCACUUUCUGUGGACAAAGAGACCCGGUGAACUAUGGAUCAAACUGAAAGAUCCGCAUUUUUGUGGUUCUUGUGUGCGUGGACUUUGCUUGUGGUGUCAGCAGGGAUUUUUGACAUUGCACUGCUAAAACCAAACUGAACUGGACUGAGUGGUGCCACGUGGAAGGACGGCGAUGAGCAAAACUGAACUAAAGUGACACUUUUCAUUCUCGCAACUUAGCGAGCUUUCGGGAUUCUUACAUUGUUGGCUCUAUUUGGAUACUCCCAUAUCAAACACGAAACCCUGACAAAAGCUCUAGCCCUAGGAAUAAUCAUCACUUCUUGGCUGUGUCACAAACAUGGGAGUUUUAAACUGAACCUUUUCAACCUGUCUCAGGUGAGUGAGCCCAGUGGAUCUAAGCAGUACUGGCUUAUCCUCCUGUAAUUUUCUCUGGAAGUACAUUAGGACAUAUAGAACUGAACACCAUUCUCAGGCAGGGUAAACAUAUAAUGAGCAAAAUCUUCAUUUGUGUCAGUCUUUGCCUUGCAGAGUCUUCAUGCCACAAAACUACAGCUUCCUGUAGAUUCUUCAUCGGUGUCACAUACUCCAUUAUCUUCAAAAGCAAUGCAGCGCAAUAAUAAUGCAGGCUACAUUGUUUAAAAUGUGGAAAUAUACGAUUGGGUUUACAAAGGAUAAACUACAAUACAAUAUAAAAGUGUGGUACAGAUACAAUGCUUUAGGCUUUCAAGUGUGAGAGAGUUCUUCUGGCUGAAUGUAUAGCACUGCUAGAAUGUGGCAAUAGAACCAUUCUGUUCCUUAAAACCAACUUCUGAAUGAAGAAGCCACAGAUUGUACAAGAGAUUCUGUUAACUUUCUUCUGAAGAUCUGUAAGAGGCUUCACUCAAUGAUCUUAAUGAUUUCGUACACAACUAACUCAGCUAGCAACUUGAUAUCAAAUCUAUGCAGAUUCGAAUUUACAAAAUCUCUUCUUAAACAGAAUACUUGUCACAUGUUUUUGGGAAACAUUUAAUCAGACCUUUGUGCAGGUUCUAGAAACAACAUCACACAUUCAAAUCGCUUUCACAGCUUUACUUCAGUAUCAUAUAGGACACAACAGACACCUAAUGCACGUUUCACCCAGAUUCUGAUGAACCCUCAUACAGGUUCUACGCAGCACAUUCAAAGUGUUGAAUCAUGUUUGCAUCAUGUACAAAAGCGCUUCGGGAUACAGCUGGAACAAUCAAUCCAGUGGAAAUUCCAUUUAGGGAAAUCCAUGGACCGUUCAGUCAAUCCUGAUGGAACAUUUGUUCAUUUAACAAUGGAGCUUCCACUUUGAUUCUACUGGAAAAGAUCAUCCGGAUUUGAAUGGGGACUGUUUACUGGUAUUCGCUCAGAUUCCAAUGGAACCUUCUGCAAGGAUUUCAAUACAGCCUUCAGUCAAGAGUGCACUCAGAUCUUCAUCGAGCCUUCACUUAGAACCAACAACCUUCAGGUACCGCAGAAAACCCUCAGCAACCUGUUCAGUUCGCCAUGCCGCAAAGUGUCUCUCACACGCAUGUCUGCCACACCACAAAAAACCUCACUCUAACAGGACUGCUGAAAAUAAGGAGGCAAUAUUGAUCAACUUGAUAAUCAUUUAUUUAUUUAUACUUGUUUUAAAAAAAAAAAAAACAAUUGCAAAAAUUAUGUGGACAGUUUGUGUUUCGUCAUAAUACUCUAUCUUGGACUACUGAGCAGCUCUGCCUACAUGUCUUUCAUGUAUAUAAUGUAUUAUAUAUUUAAAGCAGGGAGCAUUGUUCUUCUGUCUGCCAUCAUGUGGACAAGUUGAUAUUGGUCAUGCAUCUCAGAGUAGUACACAUUAGUAAAUAGUGAGAAAUAUUCUAAAUCUGCUUUUCUGCUACUUAGACCUGGGUCAAUGUCAGGUGGGGUCAACCAGCACAUCUGCCCCCCCCUCAAAAAAGGGUAUGCAGAAAUAGCAAAUAUUCUUCUUAUGUUGUUGGUGAUUGAGUUUCAUUUGAAGUUUUGGUGCAAGACCUAAAUUUGACAGCAAGAAAUGCCUGUUGUCUCUAGAAGUAUGUGAGGAAAAUGUGCAGGGACCAAUACAUUAACUUCUGGUGUAUUGUAUGGUUUAAAGGUAUACAAUGAUGUCAAUGAUCGAGCCCUCUCUUUACUUCUCUUUGCUGUGGUAUGUUGUUCAUUGCUACUCAGUGCUUUAUCGCUAAAACUUGAUCCCUUCCACCCUUCCAUUCACCUAAGAAGUUCUCACUCUAUAUCUACUGUAUCCUCUUUGCAGAUGACGUGCUACUAUUUUUCUCUGUCAUUGUACUGCUUGUGCUGGGGCGUAAAGGUGGAAACAAAACAAGAUUGUACAGAUAGUUUUCUAAGAGGCGAUAUUACCUGUUCGUGUGGAAAGCAUAGAAAAGCACACAUGAAGAAUGUAAGGUUUUAAAAGGGGGUUUUCCACUUUUUUAAAGAACAUGUUCUGCUUUUAAACACGCAGACCCGGCUUGGAGUUAAGAACCCCCUUUUUCUUGUGGCAUUUAACCUGCUGUUGAGGUCAUACUAUGUUUUGGACUAGCUUCAGAAAAGAAUGUAAGUGGGGAAUGAUGUGCUGAUAUUCUAAAUGGGUAUGUGUUUUUAAAAGUCAAACUGUUCUACCGUAGGGAAAGUUUGGUUACAAAAUACACAUCUGCAUAGUCUCUGUAUUCUACAUUUACUACUUAAGAGGUGUGGUUCUAGCUUCUACAUCAAUAUACAAUGGGGAACACCAGCCAUUAAGUAACAUUAGACCAGCUUCUUAGACCAAGUCAUAGUUUUUAUUGAAGCAGUGUUGGUGAACCAACAAUUUGGACAUAAAAUGUAGAGUAUUGUGGCUAUGCAGAUAUUUCAUUUAGCGGGGGAAUGCAUCAGUAAUAUGGUGCUCAAUAUAAGGCAUGUAUAGUGAAAGUUAAUCGUGUUGGGUGCUUUUAAUUUACCACCCAGCAAGUUUUAAAUUAAAAGUUUGCUCAGUCAAAUGAAGACCAUGAGCAUUUUGACGCCGUUUUACAGUAAUUUUGAUUCAUCCCAAAUUCCAUGUUAUUGGCUUUUUAACCACCGCAAUUUCCCCACUUAAUUUUCAACGUACGCCUGGGGCAUGAACAAUUGGUGAAUAGUACACCCUUACAAGUGCCUCUCAUCUUUUGAGCACCGUUAUUUCCUCCCCUGCCAAAAUGCUAUGCCCCAAUUGUUCCCCAGCUUUCUAUAUAUAUAUACUUACUUUUUUGCCAACUAUGUCUACAGGCAAUAAGAAGAAUGUCAGACAAUGUGUAUGUUGGAACUAAUUUAAUUUGCACUUUAUGAGAAAUCUGUUGCCCUUUUGUUUGACUAAAAUGUCUAUAGGUGACUUACUUUCCAGUGGAUUAUUUAAUAUAUGAUUACUAUAAUUACUGUGUUCCCUGAUGCUCAUUAUACAACAAAUAUUUGCGUUGCUUCCCAUGGUGUAAAGAACUGACAAUUAAGCACAAAGCAUUGGUAACAAUUUUAAAAACCAAUUAACGCUGUAUAAGCAUCCUUGAUGUAGAGCACCCUUUUCUUGUGUAUGGCACAACAAUACACCUUCAGAACAAGCACAGGGUCUAGCAGAUAGAGAAUUAAUGAUGUGUUUUGUUUUUUUUUACAAGAGGUUAAAAGCACUAUACCUUGAUGUCUACAAACGUCAGUCAGACAUUUCUAAAGACAUUUUCUAAGAGUGCAUUUUAGCAUUACCGCUGUUCACAAAAUUGUGAAGAUAGGUAUUGAUUUGUUGGCAUUGCAAACAACAAUGGAAUGUACAGUUUAGCUGACAUGUAUUGCCGUGCAAAAUAUCUGCAGUUGUUUUUGCAAUUGCAUGAUUUUAAUCGGUUACUGUCAGCUGGAACUCUGUCAGCCAUGCAGUGUUUACGCAGGAGCUAAAUUUACCGCGUCAACUUAAAUUCUAUCUACACAUCUGAAGUCUGUUGUGUGAAAUGGAUCUAAUUGUGAAACUAGACAUUUCCAUAUGACGUUUCUUCACUUAACACAUUAGGGUUUCUUGGAAUUGGUUCCAUUAAAGACUAUCAAAACCCUGCAUAAACCAUUAGAGACCAGGUCUGACUGAAUUCUAGCAAAUGUACAAAAGCAAUAUCUGAUGUUAUUAGCCAAAAUCAUAUUUACAUACACAAAUGCAUGGGGAUAUAAUGAACAAUAAAAAGGUUGCACUAACAUCUGAAUUGUUAAGAGACAUGUGAACCACCAGAAAAUACAGGUUUGGGUGACUCCGUCAAAUAGAAAAGUGGGUGGGGUUGUAUCAGGGGUCAGCGCUCUGCUAGUAACAGUCCUCUUUUCUGGUUGCAAGGGUAUCUGGAAUAGGCUUGAACUCUUUCACCUCCAUAGCAGAUCUUCAUCUUAGCAACAGCUAACGAGGCGUGUAGAUAUUGUAGUAUUUUGUGCUGUAUGACAUGCUACAUUAUAACGAAAUCAGAUGUUUCUCACUGUUGGUUGAAACGUGAAGAAACAACACUAAAAAGUAAAAUUGCGUGGUGAAAUUUAGAAAUGGCCCCACCUGCUUCGCAAGUGUAUAGUUAAUUUCUCAGGAAGUGGGAAUUUAUUGGGUUGUCAUGCAGCUGGUGUUGCGCAGCUUUCACUUAAAGUGUUAAGAUACAAAAACAGCCAAGCUUUUUUUUUUCUAAGAUUUUUUCCCCAGUCAAAGACAAAAAUUAUCAGCAAAUCACACAUUAAACAACUGAAUAACUGUUUUGUGAUUCAUUAAAAGCACAGUAAAUAUACUUACCUAUUGAUGUGCUAUUGGUUUGUCUUUGAGAGUGUCAUGUAUUACGUUUGUGUUGAUGUUUUUGUAGUGUGUUAUCAAAGUCUAUAUUUUUGCAAUAAAACUGGAAAAAAAUCAA